AUGUUUAAACGAUUGAUUCGAUGUCCAAUUUCAUUUUUCGACUUAAAUCCUAUUGGUCGUAUUUUGAAUCGUUUCACUAAAGAUAUAGCUAUUGUGGAUGAAUAUCUUCCAUGGACACUUUUAGAUUUUCUCGAAUGUCUUUCUCAAGUACUUGGUGUAAUUGCUCUUGUUUGUUGGCUUAAUUCAUGGUCAUUCAUACCAGCAAUCAUAGCAACAAUUGGUAUGUUAUUAAUUCGUCAUCGUUUUGCUCGAUGUUCAAGAGAUCUCAAACGACUUGAAAGUACAUCAAGAAGUCCAAUUUAUUCAUAUUUAACUUCAACUAUCCUCGGACUCAAAGUCAUACGAUCUUAUCAUGCUGAAAAAACUUGUUUAUCAGAAUUUUUCUCUCUUCUUGACGAUAAUUCACGUGCUUAUUACCUAUUUCUAACAACUAAUCGAUGGGGAGCUAUUCGUUUUGAUUGGAUUACAGUAUUCUUCAUUGCUAUUGUAACAUCAAUGGCUUUAAUUGUACGUAUUACAGGUCGACUAUUCUCAGCUGCCGAUAUUGCUCUCACACUUUCAUUCAGUCUUAAUCUCAUGGGUCUUCUACAAUGGACUAUUAGACAAUCAGUUCAACUCGAAACACAAAUGACAUCAGUCGAACGAAUACUUGAAUAUUGCGCACUGGAUCAAGAACCACCUGCACAAGUAUCACCGAAACAUCGUCCACCCACAAAUUGGCCAUCACAUGGUGAAAUUAUUUUUGAGAAUGUUUGUAUGUCUCACUCGAAUGAACCAGAUGCACCUCUUGCUCUAUAUAAUAUUUCAUUAACUAUACAAGCUGGUGAAAAAAUAGGUAUUGUUGGUAGAACAGGUGCCGGAAAAAGUUCAUUUAUCCAAACGAUAUUUCGAAUGGGCACACUUAUUAAUGGACAAAUCAAAAUUGAUAAUAUUGAUAUAUCAACUGUUGGAUUAGAUGAUAUUCGACGUCGAAUUUCAAUUAUUCCACAAGAUCCUGUUCUUUUUACAGGAACAAUCAGAAGUAAUCUCGAUCAAUUCGGUAAUUAUUCUGAUGUUGAAAUAUGGCAUGCACUUGAAAAAGUACAACUGAAGAGAUUAGUUACUGAUGUUAUGCCUAAUGGUCUUCAUUCAUUUGUUAGUGAAGGUGGUUCAAAUUUAAGUGUUGGACAAAAACAAUUAGUAUGCUUAGCAAGAGCCAUAUUAAAAAAGAGUAAAAUACUUGUAAUUGAUGAAGCAACAGCUAAUGUUGAUAAUGCAACGGAUGAAUUAAUUCAAAGAGCUCUUCGUCAACAAUUUAAAAAAUGUACAGUAUUAACAAUAGCUCAUCGAUUACGUACAGUAAUUGAUAGUGAUCGUAUUCUGGUGCUUGGUAAUGGGAGUGUAUUGGAGUUUGAUACACCUCAAGCAUUACUUUCGGAUAUAAAUUCUCAAUUUAGUUCUUUUGUGAAACAAACUGGAUUAGCUGAAGCCGAACAUCUUCGAACAUUAGCAACUAAUGCUAAAUCCAAUACUGAAAAAAAUCCAGAAAUAUUCAUUUAUAAUGAAACUUCAUUGGAAAAUGAUCAUGAAACAGAUUCUCUUAUUUCAUGUGAAAUUUCAAUUUAG